AUGCAGUUCUACACGUUCAAAAACAUACCCUACGCCGCGCCGCCUGUGGGACCCCUGCGCUGGCGCGAGCCGCAGCCGCCUGUCGUCAACACGACCCUAAUCGACGGGUCGUACGGCCCCAGCUGCAUCCAGACGGGCAUCGGCGACCCCAAAAACAUCCAGGGCUUCACCGGCCCCACGUCCGAAGACUGCCUGUACCUCGACGUCUACGUCCCCGGCGACGCGCUGCGAUCCAACGACACCAAGCCCCUCCCCGUCAUCCACUGGUUCUACGGCGGCGGCUACGUCUACGGCACCAAAGACCUCUACACCGGCCUGAACCUCCUGCAAACCUCGCGCAACAGCAUCAUCUUCAUCGCCUCCAACUACCGCCUCGGCGCCCUCGGCUUCCUCGGCGGCUCGACCCAAGAACGCCUGGGCUUGCCUAACGCCGGCUUCCACGACAUGCGCGCCGCGCUCAACUGGACGGCGACGCACAUCCAGCUCCUCGGCGGCGACCCCGGCGCCGUCACCGCGUUCGGCGAGUCCGCUGGCGCCGGGGGGAUCUUGCAUUUGAUUACGGCCGAAGGCGGGACGCUGGAUCCGUUUUUCCGGCACGCGGUGCUGCAGAGUCCGGCGUUUGAUACGCGCUGGGAUAGGGGUGGGAGGGUGGAGGAGCUGUUUGCGAACUUCUCGGCGGCGGCGGGGUGUAGCGGGGGCGCGCAGGACGAGGGGGAAGAGCAGGUGAUGCAGUGCCUCCGCGCGGCGGACCCAGAGAAGCUGCGGGAGGCGAACGACGCGUGCGCGUACACGCCGUACAAGGAGCGCUCGGCGUACCAGCCCGUCGCCGACGGCCGCUUCGUGCGGCAGGCGGCGGCGCUGGAGCUGGCGGCCGGCCGCGCGUGGAAGGGGCUGGACAGCGUGUUGCUGUCGCACGUGCGGGACGAGGCGGCGUCGUACGUCGACGACGGCGUGAAGACGGACGCGGAUUUCGACAGGUAUAUGACGUACUACUACCCCGUCGACGGCGUGCCCGAGGCCAUCGCGCAGCGGUACCCCGGCCCGGACGCGGAGAAUGGGACGUACGGGUCGGAGGGCGACAGGCUGAAGGACGUCCUGGCGGCGAGCCGGUUCGUGUGCAAUAUCAGGUUCCUGGCGGAUGCGUUGUUGAACGGCACGACGACGACGACGACGACGACGACGCGCGUGUGGAACAUGCAGUACUCGGCGCCGCCCGGCACGCACGGCGCGGACGUGCUGCCGUCGUUCUUCUUCCCGUCGCUCAUCAGCACCAACGCCACCGCCGACUUCGUCGACGGUUAUCGGAGUUUGCUGACGUCGCUCGCGAUGGCGGGCGACCCGAACACUUUUAAGCGGAAUAACAGCGUCCCGCGUAUCCCGGCGUGGCCGCAGGUGGAUAAUAGUUCUGAUGCGUUUGGGAACGUGUUGGAUGUGGAUCUGUUCGAGAUGGAGUUGGUGAGUGACGAGCAGAAUAGGAGGUCUGUGUGCGACUUUUGGAUCGAGGUCGCGGCCGCGGUGACGAAUGCGGGGGGCUAUGCGCCGCCGGGGAGUGUGGUGGGGCAGGGGUUGGUGCCGGAGAACGGGAAUGCGAGUAGGAAUUUUGUGACGCCGAGUGCACCGGUUAAUGGCUCAACUCCGGGGAGUCCGUCUAGCACGCCUUCUGCUGGGACUGCCCUGGCUGCUUCUUGGAAAUUGUUUGUUCCAGUCGUACUGACGACCCUGGUUAUCUACUCCAUUUAA